AAGGUAAGCAUGUCUUAAAAAAUACUAAAGUUAUAGAUAAGUGGAAGAAUGAAAAUGGGAGAGAUCGAGCUAUUGGCUAUGCGGGAGUUUGUGCAAAAUGCUAUAGUGUUGACUGUGCUUUAAAGGGAAAAGAGGAUCAACCACGAACUGUACAAUUCCUCCGAAGUUACAAACAUCGAAUGUAUAGAAUAAAGCAAACAAAGAGAAGCAUUAACCCACUAGAUACAAAAUUGUGGAUAGAUCAAGAUGGGAUUACAACAUACCUAUAUG